AUGAUUCUGCGUUCCUCCCCAGGAGAGGGCGACCAAAAGCUGUGCUGCAGUGCACUGCUGCAGCAAAGGCUCGUCAACUCGGUGACCAUGGGUGCCUGGCGGUUGCUCGAUCUGUACCCCAAGAUCCCCACAGAUCUGUCGCAGUCGACGGUGAUGGGAGGAUGGUUUUCGACCUUGACUGGGGUGAUAAUGCUCUUGCUCUUCCAGGUGGAGCUGUUUUCGUUUAUGUCGGCGCCGAUCGAGAGUCAAGUCGUGGUGGACAACGUGCUCGAGACGAAGCUCCAAAUCAACUUCAACAUGAGCUUCCUGGACCUUCCGUGCGAGUACCUUUCGGUGGACGCUCUCGACGUCCUCGGGAGUAACCGCGUCAACAUCACUGGAAAGGAAGUGCAGAAGUGGCACUUGGAUCCACAGGGCGUCAAGCAGGCGUUCCACGGGCGAAACCGUCAGCAAAGGGACAUCGUGCAGUUCGACGAGGCGGUCGUGGCUAGUCUACAGGACUUGCACGAAAACGGCGUUCACGCCGCGGUGCUGACGGAGGAGAACUUCGACACUUGGCUGCUGGAACACGACUUCACUUUCGUAGCCUUCCACGCACCGUGGUGCGGGUGGUGCCAGCGACUGAUGCCGACGCUGGAGGUGCUGGCUGAGGUGCUGGAAGAGAGCCAGAGGGGGAUCACGGUGGGAACGGUGGACUGCACCACGCAGCAGAACCUCUGCACCAAGCGAUUCUCUGUUCUGGCGUUCCCGACGCUGAAGCUGUUCAACGAGGAGAAGCUUUUGAAGCCAGAUUACAGCGGGGACCGCACGGUGCAGGCUUUCUCCACCUACCUCUACUCCAAGGCCGACGGAAAGACUAUGAAACACCAAAAGAGAGGGAGGAAAGAGUUCCCUGAGGUAGGUUUGCACGAUGACAAGUGGCCCGGCUGCAUGGUGACGGGACACAUCAUGGUCAACCGCGUUCCGGGAAACUUCCACAUCGAGGCCGCCUCCAAGAGCCACACCUUCCACGGGGCAACGACCAACCUAUCGCACAUCGUGCACCACAUGUCCUUCGGGAACGACCCGCCUAGACGGACACAGACCAAGAUCAACCGUCUCACCGAGGAUCUUCGCCAGAAUGCCCCUCUCGACGGCAACGUCUACAUCGCCAACGCGUACCACCAGGCCCCCCACCACUACCUCAGGGUGGUGGGGUCGAUGUAUCACCUUAACCCGAUGAAGACCCCAUGGCAUGGCUACCAGAUGGUCGCCAACAGCCAGAUGAUGCUGUACGACGAAGAAGAGGUGCCCGAGGCGAGGUUCUCUUACAACAUCUCGCCCAUGUCGGUGCUGGUGAGAAGCGAGAAGCGCCCGUGGUACGACUUCGUCACCAAGGUGCUGGCCAUCGUGGGUGGUACCUUCAGCAUGGUCGGGCUCGUCGACGCAGCCGUGUUCAGGGCGUCGCGAAAAGCGGGCCGGCAGCUCUCGUGAGGUCAUCUACCACUCGUGUGACGUCAUCAUUGCUGAUGACGUCAUGAACGUUCGUGUGACGUCAUCAGCACCGGCAGGCACCUCAACUACCCAUUCCCUUCCUUCGCUCUCCUUCUGCAGGGAGAACACCAGCAGUGUAACAUUGAUUUUUUUAGGAGGAAAUUUGUCGAGCCUUCUGGGGGGGAGGGGACAGGGGCUUGCUGUUGCAUGUGGGCAGGCAAGCAGGCAGGCAGGCAGGACACAGGGUAGCUGAAUAUACGCAGCCUGCGGAGAGCAAUCGGACGGUGCUGACGUCACUCCCGGUAGGACGCGGAAUGGGGCCUUGUUACAGCUGGGAGGGAGAUUCGGCGGCAGUAUCUAGCACCCGCCGACUGCGAUAUCUCGGCGGGCUGCUGCUGGUGUUUCCUGCCCUUUUUAGCGGGGUGGCGACGGGCUCGGCGGGGAAUGAUGUUCAAGGUUUUUGUCGUGUUCUCCGCCUUCCAGCGUGGCCAGCUAUCUAAGUAGUACUCCGUGUGUAGCAGCUGGGCAUACGGUUUGGGUUGUUGGUGGUGUUGAUGCCUUCCUUCAGCACGGACGGCGGUUGGUUGUCGGCUAUUUUUCGUGCAGCCUGGCUUUUGUGUGUAUUUAUCGCCGGGGAUGCUUCUGUGCUGAUGAUGAUGAUGCUCAACUGAUGCCCAAAUCGUAUUGCUUGCCGGGGAAACACAUGAUUGAUCGACACAUGAUCAAUCAUCAGUCCUACACCCGAUUCGGCGGACACCAAAAGGGUUGGGUGCCUGAAGCAACUGCUGGUUGUUGUUGUCGUUUGUGCUCUGUGGCAUCGUUGCUAAAAACCUUCGUGUGUUAAAUGUAUCGGCACCCACAACAAGACUCCGUCCUCCGUCCAUCGUCCUCAACAACGACAGAAUCGG